UUAUGCUGAGCACCAAAGUGAACCCAAUAUCAUUGUAACUAAUUAAAGUUAUCUUGGCAGACUACCCGUGCGUACGUAAACUUAUCAUUCACCCCGUCCCUAUUUCUCUUGAAGAGAAAGAGAAAGACUGUUGCUGAGAAAGACUGCUGAGAGACUGAGAGACUGAGAGACUGAGAGAUUGAGAGAUUGAGAGAUUAACUGAGAGAUUGAGAUUGCUGAGCUGAGAGACCUGAGAGACUGCUGAGACUGCUGAGAAACCUGAGAGACCAAGAGAUUGCUGAAAGAGACCUGAAAGAGACUGCUGAGAAACUGAGAGACUGAAAGCUGCUGCUGAGAGACUGAGACUGAGACUGAGUGGGAGAGGUUAUCUUCUUAUUUUUUAUUAUUAUUUAUUUUUUAUUUUUUGUUUUGUUUUUAUUUUUUCUGUUGGCCUAUUCAAAAGAAUAGUAGCCCCAAUUUACUUUAUCUUUUGGCCUACUCCAAAGAGUAGAAGCUAUACAAUUGAACAAUUAGACCAAAGCUUCAUUGAUGGUAACUGACCAAAGGUUCGAGAGAGAACAGAGUACAAGGACAUAAUAUUUGACGCACUCAAACUCAACCAAAAUGCCUUGCUGCUGUCAUUGCAAUCGAACCGGUAAAUGCAGGAACUGCCAAUGCGCCAAACUGGAAAGAUCGUGUACCAAUUGUCUCCCCCUUCGUCUGGGAAAGUGCGAAAAUUCUGACCCACCCGACCCACCAGACCAUGAAAAUCCACCUCCUCAACCACCUUCCCCCAACGGCUCCAGAAUCGAGGAUAGUGAAGAUGAUUCCCAAGAUGACUCAAGUAACCUGCCAAGCAACUCUCUCCCAUUCGAGCCUACCACACUCCCCAACUACGACCCAAUGGCUGAACCACAGUUCAUCUGGGGGGAGAUUGACCCUGAGUCCUUCACCCAGCAACUAAACAAGACUUACUCAGAAGUGGUACACUGGAAGAGAAACAUAUUCUCUGUUCCAUCGGGAAAGGCCGGCAAAAGCUUUGUAAGCGAACUAUCUCGCCUUUUCAGAAGCUAUACAGAGGGCUCAGCACUGGAAUCAGUCGCCCUAAAAGCAGUUACCACGAUGAGCAUCCUGCUCUUACAGAAACCAAGUCGCUCCUCCAAAUCCCGUGAUCACACUACCUGCCUAGAGAGACGCCUAAAAACAUGGAAGGCAGGGGACUUCGACAACCUCCUGCUAGAAGGCAGGACCAUUCAGCAGCGGUUAGGAUCAAGGAAGAGACCCCAAGAAGAACCAGACCAGCUCGCUCGUGCUUUUUCAAACUUAAUGUUGAAAGGGAACACAAAGGCGGCCCUGAGACUCAUCUCUGAAGGAAGUAGAGGGGGUGUUCUGCACUUGAGCGAUACCGCUCUCUCGCACGGUGACGAGUCACAAUCCGUCCUGGACAUUCUGAAAUCUAAACACCCCUCAGGCCAACCAGUGGACCCAACCACCCUCGUGGAUAAGGUGAAAGAUCCACCAGCCAUCCACCCUAUUAUUUUUGACAGCAUCGAUGGGAAGACCAUACGCUCAGCAGCCCUACGCACUAAAGGAGCAGCCGGGCCUUCAGGGAUUGACGCACAUGGAUGGAGGAGGAUAUGUACCUCCUUUAAGUCUGCCUCCGAUGAUAUUUGCCAUUCAUUAGCCCUUCUAACCAGAAAGAUCUGCACGACCUUCGUCGACCCUGAAGGACUCAGUCCACUCUUGGCCUGUCGUUUAAUAGCUCUCAACAAGAACCCAGGUGUGCGACCUAUCGGAAUUUGCGAGACAGUUCGCAGAAUCGUUGCCAAGGCCGUACUCACAGUCACAAGUGAUGAUAUCCAAGACGCUGCUGGCUCUACCCAACUUUGUGCAGGCCAAACGGCUGGUACUGAGGCUGCAGUCCAUGCUAUGAACCUCGCAUUUAAUUCUAAAGAAGAAAACGCGGUACUUUUGGUCGAUGCUAGCAAUGCAUUCAACUCUCUAAACCGCCAGACGGCACUUAGAAAUGUUAGGGUCCUCUGUCCAUCCAUUUCAACCAUUCUCAUUAGUACUUACCGCCAGGAUACGGAACUGUUUGUCGAUGGAUCCACUCUGUUAUCCCAGGAAGGCACCACCCAGGGUGACCCAUUGGCAAUGCCCAUGUACGCCAUCGCCCUGAAACCCCUAAUGGACAGAGUUAACCAGUCCGUAGAAGUCACCCAGGCAUGGUACGCUGAUGACGCUGCUGCCACUAGUGACAUCCCUGCUCUUCACAGAUGGUGGGAGGAGCUGACCAAUAUUGGCCCUGCCUAUGGAUACAUGGUCAACGCCUCUAAAACUCAUCUGAUAGUAAAAGCCAGCCAACUCUCAGAAGCCCAAACAACUUUCGAAGACACACAGAUCAACAUCACCACAAUUGGGAAAUCACACUUAGGAUCCCCUCUUGGAAGCCAGGAAUUCACAGAGUCAUUCGUCAGAGAUAAAGUGCAGACCUGGUCAGAGGAACUGAAAAAAUUGUCGAUCAUUGCGAACACCCACCCUCAAGCCGCUUAUGCCGCUUUCACCCACGGCAUUGUAGGUAAAUGGACAUACCUAGCGAGAACCACCCCAAACAUUGGCCCACUGUUACAACCACUGGAAGACAUCAUAAGGACAAAAUUACUCCCAGCCCUGUGUGGAAGAGCAGCCCCCAAUGACACAGAAAGGGACCUGCUGGAACUUCCAGCUAGGCUAGGUGGAAUAGGGGUCAUCAACCCAACAACUCUGUCAGACUCGGCCUACUCUGCCUCCAAACAAAUCCCUGCGCCCCUCUACAACCUCAUACUAAACGGAAGCCUGGACUAUACACACGAGGCUUUCACAGAGCAGUUUACAGCAAAGUUAGAGGUCAAAAAAAGAAAAAGGGAGCUAAACGUCACUUCUGCAGACCAGCUCAAGUCAAACCUACCACCUAACCUCCAACGAGCUAUGAUCUUAUCCCAGGAAAAGGGAGCCUCAAACUGGUUAACAGUACUACCUGUGGAAGAAUUUGGCCUAGCACUGCACAAAGGUGCCUUCAGAGACGCACUAGCACUCAGAUAUGGGUGGCAACCCAAUGGCACCCCAAUCACAUGCGCUUGUGGCACCAACUUCUCAGUGGAACACGCGUUAUCAUGUGCCAAAGGUGGCUAUCCCUCCAUAAGGCAUAACGAGAUCAAAGACUUCACGGCCAACCUCAUGUCAGAAGUUUGCCACAAUGUCGCCAUAGAACCACAUCUACAACCCAUCACCGGCGAAAUUCUGUCAGGUGCAUCUGCCAACACACAAGAUGGUGCCAGAUUAGACGUGGCAGCAGAUGAUUUUUGGGGAAGCAGGUUUGAGAGAGCAUUUUUUGAUGUUAGGGUGUUCAACCCGUACGCUCCCUCAAACAGGCAACCGCAACUAUCCACAACCUACCGCAAGCACGAAAACAUAAAGAAGAGAGCCUAUGACCAACGAAUCAGAGAUGUAGAAAACUCGACCUUCACUCCCCUCAUCCUGUCAAGUACUGGGGGCCUUGGGCGUGCCGCUACCUCCACCUACAAGAGAUUGGCGUCUCUCCUGUCAACAAAAUGGGAUCAGCCCUACAGCACCACCAUGGGAUGGAUCAGAUGCAGGCUGUCCUUCUCUCUCCUCAGAUCAGCCAUCAUGUGCAUUAGGGGGGCCCGAUCAAGCCAAGGGCACGCCACCAGACAGCCCCCUAUUGACCUAGUGACAAGCGAGUCCCUGGUCCCACCACACCCAUGAACUAACUACACAUGACUUAUUUGCCUGCAUGAUUCCUCGUUAUUAUUAUUAUUCUUUUGUACAUGUAAUU